AUGGCUGAUCAAGGAAGAGACCCCUGUCCUAUUGUUAUCAUCAACGAUUUCGGCGGUGCCUUUGCUAUGGGUAUUGUCGGAGGUACUAUCUGGCACGGUAUCAAGGGUUUCAGAAACUCUCCCCUUGGUGAGCGACGAGCAGGUGCCUUCUCUGCCAUUCGAAUGCGAGCUCCUGUUGUUGGAGGUAACUUCGGUACUUGGGGUGGUGUUUUCUCUACCAUGGAUUGUACCGUCAAGGCCAUUCGACGAAAGGAGGAUCCUUUCAACUCUAUCAUCGCUGGUUUCAUGACCGGUGGUGCUCUUGCCUUCCGAGGUGGCUGGAGAUACGCUCGAAAUGGUGCCAUUUCUUGUGGUCUGCUGCUUGCCGUUAUCGAGGGUGUUGGUAUUGCCGUAGGACGAUACUUUGCGGCUGCUCAGGCUCCUCCCAUGCAGGCUCCCAUGGCUGCUUAA